ACCUCUGGGAGAUGCUGUCAGGCUCACACAUCUUUAAUAAUAUUAAAUCAGUUUGCUGUAGUGAGUGAUGUGAACAGUGAUUCUUUGGACAGUGAUGUGAUUCCCACUCUGGUUGUGGCUUUUGUCAUGGAGAAGAGAUUGAUUACUAAAAAUGUGUGACUGAGUAAGUAAAUUAAAAAUAUAUUUAGCUUGGAAGAAUUUUAGGACCCCAGGGAUGAUGUUUGUUAUGUAAUUUGCACUAACAGUUUGCAAAGGGAAACUCUACCCCGACUGGUUCGAGCGUUGAGUCAUAUCCUGUGAAUCUGAAGCAACGGGAUGGUAUUUAAACAUCACUGGUUCCUCUUACUUUCAUUCCAAGUCGCUGCAGUUCAGAGCAGCAAGUGCUUGGUGCACAGAGGCUGUUGCUCUCCCCUGGAGGUGAGCAGACACUCUCGCUGGUGCUCAGUGAAGAGAAGGAAGCCAAGUCUGGAGAUGCAGCUCUUUAUGGGAUGAACGAUGCUUUGUUCGUUUCUCAAGCACUAUGCUAGACAGCUACAAGCUGAAAAGUGUCUGCAGUUUACCAUUUGUUUGCCAUAAGAAAAUAAAUACAGUUGGAACCAGUAAUGCAGAUGUCCCUUUGGCUGAUCCCGGAAUGUACCAGUUGGAUAUCACACUGAGAAGGGGUCAAAGUUUAGCUGCCCGUGAUCGAGGAGGGACAAGUGAUCCAUAUGUGAAGUUUAAAAUCGGAAGAAAAGAAGUUUUCAGAAGUAAGAUUAUACACAAGAACCUGAAUCCUGUGUGGGAGGAAAAGGCUUGCAUCCUUGUCGACCAUCUUAGAGAGCCCCUGUAUAUCAAGAUGUGAAUCAAGUUUUCAAAGAGAACUCUGAAUACUACACAAGAAGACUCAUUGCAGAGUCCUGAAGAUGAACCCACAGAAAAAGACCAAGAAUCAUAUUUAAAGCAGACCCAAGUACAAAGACCAUAUUCCAGAGCAUCAUUCUUCACCAGACAAGUGAGCACCACAGUCCAAAUGAGAUGAAAAGGGCCCAUAGCAAGACAGUGGGACAGGUAGGCAUGGUGGCACUUGGGAGGCAGGAACAGAAGGAUCACUACAAGUUUGAGGCCAGUCUAGUCUGCACAGUAAGCUUUGGGUCAUCAAGGAUGAUUGCAAAGGCCUGUCUCUAAAGAACAAAACAGAAAGUCUUGGCAUUGGGGGAGAGUACUGUUCAUGUUGAGUACAGGAAGAAGCUUUAGAGGGCGAAGGGGCUGUAGUUACCAAGAUACUUGCAACUGUAGAGAAAUCCACUGCAGAAAAAAGAAACGUAGUGUAUAAACUCGGGUUGUUCAUUCUUCAGAGCCCCACUCAUAUUUUUCUGUAAGUUAUUUAGUCUGUAGACAUAUAUUGAAGCUUCACUUUAGGCCAACCAGGAAGAGUGAAGCCAAAUUUUAUUAUAAGGGAAUUACAAGGUUCAUAUGGUGCACAUGUGUGGGUGCCGUGUCCGUGAAUGUGUGUGGCACAUGUGACAACCAGGAGUCAGUGACCAGCAUGUGGCUCAGCUGCCCUCUGCCUUGCUUUUUGCAGUGCGGUCUCUUGUGUGUUUCCUAUUCUAUGAAGCUGGCAGCUAAUGAGCCCCAGGACUUCUGUCUCUGCCUCCCCGGGCACAUGGAGCUGCACCAGCUUUUUUCACACAGUUCUGAGGAUCAGAACUCAGGUCCUCCUGCUUACAUUACAAGCAUUUUACCGACAGAGCCCCAGCACAGUCUUUUAGAUUUUAAAAGAAUGAAUAUUUUACCUGGGGCACUGAUCUGUCAUGCUCCAGGAUAGACUUUUAGAUUUUUAAAAAAUCAAUAUUUUACCUGGAACACUGAGAAAAAAAUAAAUUAUGCCAUUUUAAGAUUUAUCAUUUCUGGUUCAAGGAAAGUGCUUUCUUCUACUAAUGAAAAGGUCAAAGGUAAUGGGGCUAAGAGAUGACUUCAUUACCUCUAGACAGGAUAAAAAGGGCUUUUCUCUCAUCUGAUUUAUAGAAAGUCAAAAAAUUUAAAGACAUUCUUAAGGAGCUUAAAAAAUCCCAACCUCGGUCCAUGCCAAAGCCAUGUUUCGUUAUGUUUUCAUACCUGGACUCCCUUCCAUCUAUGUCUUGAGGCACAAUUUUUGGUGCACCUAUGUUCUGGAUGUCUAUUUGGUACCCAAUCCUUUCUCUGCGUUUACGAUCACAGGACACGAACCACCUUUUCCUCUACAUUGUCAUUCCUCCCACGAGCCCCAAGUCUCACGUGGUUGCUCUCUGAACACUCCCAGAGUACCUUUCUCCCUCCCUCCCAAGUCUUCAAGGUAUUGCCGCCAGUUGAUUCCCUCUGUGUCGAGGUCAGUGUUUAUUGCCAACUCCACUCCACCAAGAGCUACUUGCGAAGAAGGAACUAGACCUGGAGUUUCCCGCAUCAAAUGUCUGUGAAGAACUGCCUUGAUGGGCUGUUGUUGUAAGAGGGCCCAGCCCACUCUGGGGAGCAUCAAGCCCAGCAAGUUGCUUCUGCUCUAAGGGGACAGUGAGGGGGUGACAGUGGGAAGGAAAGCCUAGGCUGUGUGUUCUCAUUGUCACUGCAAAUAAUAAGUGAUAGGAAGGGAAAUCAUUUUUAAUUACUUCUGCUGUAGACUUAGAUUCUUUAAUGGGAUAGUGCUCCAUAAAAAUCAUGUAGAUCACCAGUUGAUAUAAGGACACAAAUAGAUUUAUCAAAAUUACAUUAGACAGUGUGGGUUUUCUGUUCUUUGUGCUCAAGGAAGAGUUGUGUGUGUGUGUGUAUGUGUGUGUGUGUGUGUGUGUGUGUAUUUGUGUGUGUAUUUUUGUGUGUGUAAUAAAUUGUCAAAAGUCAUAUUUUAAAAUAAAUAUGCUACUAGGCUCAAAACAAGAGAAUAAAUAAUCCAUCUCAACUACACAGAAAAAGUGGUAUAAAAUUGUUUUGUUUUGACAUGAUAAGAACAUAUACACAGGGCUAGAGACAUGGCUGCUUUUCCAGAGGAUCUG